AUGGGUGAUGCUCUAUGCGGGCCGUCAAACGCCCUUCAGAACUUCCAGAAGCAUACAUCCGUCGAUCGGACGCUUCAGCAAGAUCGGUUGACUUCGCGUCAAUCGCCUGUUCAGGGUUUCCGAUCCCAGAACCCCCAAGAGGGAAUUCUUGACACGGAGUUCGCCGCAUUCGAAGGGAACCUUGCCGGUCCUGCGUUGCCUAAUUUACAACAUCCUGCUCAUUUUGGAGGGCCAGUACACCAUGCCGUGGCACAUCAUCCAGCCGCACAGCAGGCAGGCAACGCAGGCUGGGCGGCAGAUUUCCAGAACUUGCAGAUAUCUGGACCUUCGCACCCUGUAGCACAAGUCCAAAGACCAAAUAUUGCGCCGGCAAUGGCACAGGGCGGGUGGCAUACUGAAUUCAUGAACCAAAAUCGAGGGCCUAUGUCUCAGGCCCAGCAAACCCCGCAAAUGCAUGGUGCAUACCAACCAUCUUUCGCGCCGGGUUACCAGAUGUAUGGCAGUUCCAUGAAUCAGAUGCAGCCUUUGCAAGCUAUGCAACCUCAGCAACAAAACCACACCGAGCAAUUUGACGAAUCCGCCUUUGAAGCUGCGUUCGACCAGGCACGGGCAGAUAUGGAGUUACAAGGAACCGAUCUUGCUCAGAAAGAUACACAACAGAACUUACAGGAGACCCCUGAAGCUGAUGUAGUCGAGCCAGUUGUUCAGCCGGAGAUUCGACUCGGAUCAGACCUUAUUCCCCAAAGCGGGAAGCAGGACCCAGAAACACGGAGUCGGGAUGCAGAUGAACUGGCGCGCACAGCCGGACAGCUGCUCGACAGUGUACGCAAUGAUCAAACUCAAAAAUUCCAACAAAGCAACUUCUUGGCUUUGAUGCGCCGGAUUCGGGAUCGCGAGGUAGAAGUGGAAGGAGAGGAUUUCCGCGAAACGGCGCAAUCUCUUCACCCUGGGGGGCGAUACUACCCGGGCCACCCCCACACAAAUUACCCUGGUCCCGAUAUUCCGCCUAGCAGUAAGGAGACAUCCACCCUAUCGGCAGGCCCCGAUGCCCUGCAGUCAUGA